AACUGUAGAUAGAUCCAGUGUUGUAAAGUUUCCGUUCGAAGGUUCAUGUCGUUACUGUACUGAAUCAAACUUCUCUUUGAUAAGGAAUGUAGACUUCAAGGAUCUGUGAAUAGAAAACUAGAAGGUCAUUAAAAUAUUCUCUCUGUGAAUGUAUUUAAAGACGUGUCUGUAUAUAUGAGAGUAUCGAGUGACAUAGUCAGGGCUCACACUUAAACAAAACUGUUCAGUCGGGAACAUUUCUUUAUCGACUGCGGAAACACACAAAGUUAAAACGUUCCCUGUCUCCCAGACAGAAGAUGCAAAUCGUGCCUGUGGUCUACGAUUAAUGGAUAAUGUUUGGAUACUUCUGGACUUCCGUCGUAAUGCUUAAGAGUCAUUCUUCACACUAAAAAUAGACGUCUGGGAGAACUUAGCAAGGUCUUAACACUAUACAACAUUCGAUAUGGACAACUUUGAAGAAUCAUCUUCCGUUGAUCCCCAGCCUGCAGAUUGGACUAGACCUUAUAGUCCUAACGAAGUCUGCACAGAAGAUGAUCCGCUAAUCCAAAGCUUCAAGAUUGGAACUGACCAGGUAACGGAGGAAGACGAGGUGGACAACUUCUUUUUGCCACAAGAAAACAAAGCCAGACAACCGAAGAGUUCAGAUUCAGACCAGGGGGACGAAAGUGUUCAUUCAGCGUCACAUAACGCGCACAUAGAUCUGGAUUUAGAACUUGAUCAUCCACUGACCACAAAGCCAGACCAAGGUCAGAGUCGGGACACCACGGCUUCAGGGUCGCCACACUCACGCUCCCCGUCGCAUGACAGGGCUGAUCCCACCGAGGAGAAUAUAUCGACCCUCUUGGAUCACUUCCUGCAAGACGACGCCCAUCGAGAAGGAAUGUUAGCCGACACCGAAACGACAGACGGUGCGACAUCCACCCCAGCACCCUCGUCUGCCCUGUGUAAAUAUCGCUGGUCAAAAACUAUCAGCACAAAAAGUUCCGAAGUAGGAUUUUAUUCUUCACUAGCCACGGGAGAGGCGGUUUCGUUGAAAUGGGACGAGAACUCACAAGCGUAUUACUCAGAUAACGUCAGAAUUACAUGCGGAGAUCAUCAAGGCAGUUUAGUGGUCGAUGGGAACAUCUAUCCCGUAGAAGAGUUCUCUGUAAAGAGCUACACAUUUGAAGUUGAUCUUUACAUGAAAGAUGAUAUUCUCAAUGAAAAUGCUAUAAAUGUUGAUAGGAAAUUGAUUACUGGAAAUUCCCCUAGUCUCAUUUCCAAUCAAGAAACCAACUCUAAUACUAAAUAUGAAGAUCUAGUGUGGCAACACUUGGGGGGAAGAGAUAAGAUGAAUAGCACAGUCGAUGGAAUGGAGCCCCAGCCUUAUUUAUCAUCAAUGAAAAGAGAUUCCCCCAUUGGAGAUGUAGACUCAGGGAAAUUUUAUGAAUUCUCUUCAGUGAGAACAAACUUUGACAAAGAGAACACUGACAAAUACACUGAUGGACUUAAACAGCAUAGGAGAGAUUCAGUAGAAAAAGCAUAUUCUACAGACUCGGAAGUAAAAAAAUAUGAUCUUGUAGAAGAUAUUUUAAGCAGGCCUCCAUCUGUGCCGCUUUCAAGAAAUGGAGAAACUACAACAUUAAAAAGGGCAAACAGUUUUAGUGGGUCAAGAUCAUCAUCUGGAACACCAGCUCUUUACAACACCCAACCAGAGACUGCCAAUCAAAAUUUUAAUAAUGACCCAAUGUCACUGAGUAACAGACCCUUUGCCACCUUGAGAUCCGAUAGUAGAACUGAGCUCUCCAACUUUGAUAUUGGAAAACAGUCACCACUACCUGAACAAAGGAUUUCCCCAUCCCAGAGUCAGAUGCCUGCAAGAGACAACACAGCCUCUCAGUGGUCUAAGAGCUCCUCGGGUCGAUCAACACCACAAAAGGACUUACUAGUAGAUCCUGUCAAGCAGUAUCCUGAAAGGAGUUCAUCUCAGCUAUCAAGCAGACCACCCAGUAAUGCUAACAGCAGAAGCACCAGUAGAACCACCAGUGUCAUCAGUAUGGGCAGUGAGCAGGAACUAGCCCAAUAUAUGACAAACAACAUUAGAGACAAGCCAAUGACUAUGGGUAGCUCUAGUCUUACCAAUGACUUCUUAAAAGAUUCACUGAUCACAAGAGGGGAAGACAGAGCUGCAAGCCUUCCUAACUAUCAACAACAACUACAAUCAUUUAAAUUGGAUGGAAGAAGUGUUACCCCUGACAAUAAAAUCAGAGUUCCCCCAACUGACAUCUCUACAUUUAGAAAUGGACUAGUCACUGAAAGAAUGGAGGAUGUUUUAGGUAGAGCUAGCAGCCAGUCCAGUAUCAGCACUGUGUCCAGGGGAAGCAGUCGCAAUGCCACACCAGUUGCUUCAGAUUAUGGUGUCAGAGAUGCUAAUGCAGUUAAAAUUCAGGAGCUUGAGGCUUCAGUCAAUAACCUUAGAAAACUUUUGACCAAUCGUGAAACAGAAGUACAUUCACUAGUUGCACAAGUUGCUGACUUAAAAGAUAUCAACCGUUCACUCAGAGAAGAUCUGGAGCAUAAAAGUCAAAGGCAAACACCAACGUCUAUUGUUCAGGACUCUUUGGAGUAUAAGCAGCUCCAACGAGAGAAAGAAAUUUUAGCGGGUGAAAUAGUGAUCUUGAGAGAUCAAGUUGAACGUCUAGGCAGAGGGCAUCAAAAUUCUGGAAGUGGCCGAAACUCAUCCAGUUCUGGUAUCACAGAUUACAGUCCCAACAGUCCCCAUGUAUUGCAGAGAAAAAUAGCGGAUAUGGAGGCACAUAUGAAAGAUCUACAGGAAGUGACAGAGUCAACAACAGCGAGCUUAGUCAGAGCAGAAGAAAAGUUAAAACACCUUGAGGAAGAAAACCGGGAACUUAAAGCCAGGAAUUCAGGUCACUUUGAUAUGCAGGGCAGCAAUGACGUUUUGAACUUGAGGGUAGAAAUGAGAGCUUUGAGAGAAGAUUACAGAAGUUUAAAAGAAAGAAAUUUGCAAUUAACUGAGGAAAAUAUGAGACUAUUGGAAGGGAAAGAACCCAAGCAUAAAGAUAGAGAUCAUGUCUCAACUAAUGGGUCUAAAAGUAGUAGUACUUACAAAUCAGACCUAGGCUCUAGACAUGUCCAAGACUAUAUUCAUUCUAACUAUAAAGUAGAACAAGCAGAGCCCACCUUCUCACUGGGAACUGACAAAUCAAGCUAUUUCAACUCCUCAACAUCUAGGAACUUGAGUGAUAGAGAGUCUCGACAACCUACUCACACUCACAGCUAUGAAACUGACAGAAAAUACUCUGACCCUAACAGACUACUCCAACAACGAAACACCAUAGAAUCUACCAAGUUACGACCUCAAGCCAAAGACACCAAGCCAUCUGACUACCUUAAACACGGGCUCAGCUAUCCAGACAGAUCCAGACCAGAUGGAGAGGUCUCUGAGAAAUUGUAUACUGACAAAUAUCUUAAAAGGUCUGAUGAUCCCAGAGACAAAGAAGUGGCCAGCUCUUACCUGGACAAGCAUUAUGCUGCCCUCAAGGAAGGAGAACUAGCAUCCGAUGUACGUCACAGAGAUAGCUAUGAGGAUAAACCAAAGGAGGAUAAGUACAAAUAUAGGCAAGAUAGUUCAACUGAUGUAGAUGUCAGGCUAUCUAGUAAACAGCUGGCUGGACCAAUCAACUCAAAAGACAUUUUCCUCAAUUUGCAGCAGUCCAGAACCAGAAAAUGGUUGAAUGAAGUGGACAGUGGUGGUCAGAAAGUGAAAGAGACAGCAGAGUAUGACAGUGAUUCAACAGAGGUACUUGUCACUGGAUUAGGAAAGGUUGCAACUGUUCGUUCAAAAUUUGGAUAUGAAAUACCAGAGAAAAAGGCUGACCUGGUAGCCUCCAGUAUUACACUCGUACCAAAGAAAGACCUAACCAAUUCAUUGUUUACAAAUGAGAACAAGUAUAUCAGUGGUAAUUUAGACUUCAACAGAUCUCAAGCUGUGUCUACUCGGCAUACUGAUGACACAGGCAAUGACAGUGACACUGCCACUGACAUCUUGCUAGCACAGGAUACAAUAGCCAGAGGUACAAGUCAAAGAAGACCAUCCCUUGGUUCUGAUGGCACUAGUUCCACUCUGAGUGAUGCUGAUGAGGACAGUUCAUUGAGAAGAAGAUCUAAAUCUGUAGAAACCAGCAGAAGUAAAGAUUCUACUUUUAAUCGUCUUUUGUCGUCAUUACCUCGAGGUACACCCACAGCCAGAUCAGUCACUUCAUUGGACAGCAUGCGAGCAUCUGCUGGAUUUCGCAGCAUCGUUCCAGCUCCUCUAGUGACACAGCACAACAAGGGAGAGCUGGCACCUAAAAAUGUGACCUCAUUAUUGAACAGUUCUCUCACUCAAGGCUUAAGGCCUUUUGCCCCACGCAGCAUUGCUGACAUCAGAAAUGAAGAUGUCGUCAAAUUCUCCAGAGUAGGAGGUAAACUCACUCAAGGAGUGGUGAAGUAUGUUGGCCAUCUACCUGGCAGGAGUGAAGCCUACUUAGGUGUUGAGCUAGAUAAAGAUGAAGGCAAACAUGAUGGGACAUUUGAGGGAAUACGUUACUUUAAAUGCAAACCAAAUAAAGGUGUAUUUGUAGCUUUCAACAAGGUUGUGAUGGCAUGGGCUCCCUAACUACAGCACCAGUUGUAGUCAUUGUCUUUUAACUUUAUUUAUACAAGUAAUUCAAGUCAACUGGCUUUGACAUGUCAUCCUUCUUAUUUCUGUACAUUUGCAUAGAGAUUCUUUGUGUAAACAUUUCUUCAUUGUGAACACUUUGCAAUGGGGCUAAAAAUAGUUAUUGAACAAACAUUCAACUGGAUGUCUGCACAGUUUAUAUAGAGUCCUUUUAAGGCUCCUAGACAUUGGCAUUGUAAAGUAGCUUGUACUCUUGCAGUCAUUUAGUCAUGGAGAGAAAUUUCUAAAAUUUCAUGUUUACUAUUUUGUCCCUUUUUUUUUUUUCUUGGAUAUAAACUUUAACAAUCAUGGAUUAUUUAGCCCAGCUCUUGGUGGCCUGCCAUGGGUAAUAUACUGAUUAUUUAGCCCAGCUCUUGGUGGCCAGUCAUGGGUAAUAUAUUGAUUAUUUAGUCCAGCUCUUUGUGGCCGGCCAUGGGUAAUAUAUGGAUUAUUAGACAGUAUUAUUAGUUGUGAUCUACAUUUUGUAUCUAGAUUGUUGUUUAUCUAUUGUCAUGGCUGCCACAAAUACAUUCCAUUGAAAACCUUUUUUUGAAUUUUUUAGGUAGCAAACAUUUCUUUUCUUUUGCAUUGUGACAUGUAAUAAGUAGUCAAGAUUUUCAAAAGUAUUGGGAGCCAACAGAAUAUGUGAAGAAAAUUGAUCUUCCUUUAUGUUUUUCAUAUAUGAUAAAAAAAAAAUUGUUACAAUACACAAUGUGAUAUGACAAAUUCACUUAUUUUUACUAAAAAAUGUUUAAAUGUCUAUUUUGAGUCUCACAUUCCUUGUAUAAGAUAUUUUAUUUUUUGAUAAAUGUUAUCACACUUCUGACAAUUAUAUUUGUAUAUACAGUAUUUCCUACAUUGUUUGUAUUUGAACAAAGCCGUCCAAUUGAAGCCCUGACAUUUUUUUAUUUUAAUUUGAGGAAAUUUUUUUAUAUAUAACAUUUUUUAAUUAAUUAAAAAUACUUUGAUAUUUAUCAGACCAUUUUUAAUUUACUGUGAUAUAUAUAGAUAUAUAUAUAUAUUUUUUUUUUAUUUUAGCUUUAAUAUUUGCAAUAAUUAAAACAAUCAUUGUUCAUUAUUGUAAGCAAGUGUCAUCUUUAAAUUUGAUGAGAUCUAUGCAUAGUUCUUUUUUAUUCUUUGUUUUAUGUACUUAGUUGAACUGUGCAUGUUUAGUCAACCCUAAUUCUAAUGAAGUUUUACUUCAUUGAAUGUGCUGUUUAAUCAUUUCUUUUCUUUAGCCAGAUAAAAAUGAACUUUGUUUGCAAUUAUGCCAGAAACAAAAUAUAUUAGUGCUACUUAUAGCAGUAUUUUUUUUUCUUUGUAUUAUUAUUGAUCAUUUUAUAAAAAUUAGAAACUAUAGAUUUUAAAAAUAUUUUUAUAUGUACUAUAUUCUGUGACCAAGUGAUGCUAUUGCAGUAAGCCAGUACAUUUUCUAAUUGAAAUCACCCCUAUGUAUAGAUGUUGUCUAGUAGACUUAUAAAGCUCAACCCAAUGGAUGUUACAAAACUAUUGGUAUGAUUGGAAGUAGAAUUGUCUUUUUUUAUUAACAACUUAUGAGGCAGUACAAAGAAUUGUUUAAUAAAAUGUCUAUAAGUACAAGGCUAGAGCAUACAUUUUCUUUGGUGUAUGUUUUUUUUUUUUAAUUUAUUAAAUAUUAAUAUAAAUAUCA